CCCCCGCCAUGGUCGGCCGGCUCAGCCUGCAGGAUGUCCCCGAGCUCCUGGACAUGAAGAAGAAGGGGGACGGGGUGCUGGAUAGCCCGGACUCGGGGCUGCCCCCGAGCCCCAGCCCCAGCCACUGGCUGCUGGCCCCGGGCGGCUGCAGCGGCGGCUGCUCGGAGCGGGGGCUGGCCCCGGGGCUGCUGGAGCCCGACGCAGCAGCGCCCGGACCCACGUCCGCGAAUUCUGUCUUUCUACCCAAUUCCCUGGGACCCGGCUGUCCUCCGAGGCUCUGCCCUCUGUCUUUUGGUGAAGGAGUAGAGUUUGACCCACUCCCUCCAAAGGAAAUAAGGUACACCUCCUCGGUAAAGUAUGACUCAGAGAAGCAUUUCAUCGACAACAUCUAUAUGCCAGUGGGCCUGGCGGUCUCCUCCUGCAGCCAGACCGUGGUCUGCAUCCCCGGCUGCACCUGGCGUAACUACAAAGCCGAGCUCCACUUUCAGCCUCGAAACAAGGCCCUGCGAUUUCUCAGCACCACCAUCAUCUACCCCAAGCACACCAAGACCGUGUACACCACAACUCUGGAUUACAACUGCAGGAAAUCUACAAGGCGGUUUUUGUCCAGCGUGGAACUCGAAGCCUCGGAGUGCCCAGUAGGUGAUUACCUCUUGGAUGAAUGCUGAUGGAGACGUCUGGGGGUGCUGGAAUGGAAGUCACUCCUUCUGAGCAUGCUGCUCAGUUCUUUGAUCUUUCUAAGUGAAAAUGGGCAAUGCCUUUGUUACCCAGUCAUUUUCAAUUCUGAAGCAAGCAGCCUUCUAGCCUUGUGUGUCCAGCCUUGGCAAAGGAGAGGGAAAAACCCCAACCUCUGAAAUCUAUUCUUACUAUGGGAAUUCGAUUUUGGCUUUUCUUUUUAAAGGCAUUUAUUUUUCUUGGCUCAUAGGUACAUAUCCCCCAAAGUAUCAAUGAAAUAACAACAACAAAAAAAGGAAGAUCCAAGUAAAAGAGAAAGUAGAAAAAAACAAAACCUUUGAAAUCGAAAACAUACUUCCCCCUAUAUAGGGAGGGCAAAGCUUGUCUGUGGUGGAGUAUGGAAAAAGUCUUCUCUGUGGAAAGACUGAGCUUCCCACUUUAAGCAACUUCUGUUGGGAGUAAUGGUACUUGUCACCUAAGUUAUCCCACCCAUAUGGGCUCAAUCUGUGUAAACUGAGGUCCACAAGUCAUUUCUGUUUCAAUCAGAACACAGACCUUGUCCUUCCUGUUUGCUGAAGAUUCUGGAAUUUCUUAGAGCUUUUUUAACCAGCGGGUGAAAAAUCCCAGAAGCCUUUUCUAAGGUGAUGUUUCCAGCGUGGCUGUCUCAUGAAUGUUGCUGGAAGCUGCUUGGAAAUUUAGCUAACUGAUCCGAAGAGCAGACCAAAAGACUUUGGUUAACCGUUCCGCUAGUCAUGAGGAAAGCCCCGUUGUCUUCUUAUUCGCGGGUUCUGGCCACGUGCCUUGCAUCUCUGGAAUCCUGCUAACACCGCCACAGACUUGUGGGACUCUUCUGAUAUGUACACUGGGGUUUCCAAAUACUUUCCUAGUCUCCAUAAGGCAAAAGACAGCACAGCCCGUAUCUGAGAGAAAUGCCAUUUAUAAGGCUGCUUUGAUGGAAUGCUGUUAAGAUGUCUCAAGAUUGAUGCUUUUUGACUUACAACUGGAAAUGACUGGCAUGGGGCAUGUCUGGGUAUCAUUUAGGAGGGAGAUAUACAUAGAUAAUCCAGGUUCUCUGGGAGUUUGUGAUAGUGUCCUUACCCAAGCCUCCUCACACGUGUUCUGUCCAAAGUAAGUUGCAAUCAGAGCAGAACCCAUGCUUCCAGAAGGGCAAUCAAUGCCUUACCCAGGGGGAUCGAAUUUGAAUUCUAAUCAAAGAAGGGUCAUGAUCCAAACAUCCAGCUUUGUUACUGUAGCACAAGGUUUUGAUUUUUGCUAAAGGGCAAAGGAUCCUCCUGGAUUCUCAGCAUCAGCUGAGAUUGUCCCUAGAAAGAGCUUUUGUUGGUCCAUCGAAAUCAGCCAGGAGAAGACAAGAGCAUCUACGUGUGGGUCAUCCCAUGCAGAAUCCAGGCAGAUAAGCUGUCCUGUCUUUUGGGCCCCUGCACUCCUUCUGAACCCCCGGAAGGCUUUGCUCUCCCCCGGUGUUCCCUCUCGCUAUGAGCCCCCACUCAUUUUGGCUUCCGCUGCCUGCCAAACUCCCAUUUCAUAUUAGGCAAGGCAGAGGUGGGAGGUGGAAGGAAGUGGGCAAGUUAUUGCAUAAAAACCUGCAUCAGAGCAUUGAAUUACAGUGUGGAAGAGUCUUGAGCAGCCCAAGGGGGACAAGAACACAUAUGUGGGCCUUCUUUUCUGGCUCAGGACCUCCUCCAGCCCAGGCUUGCCGUGGGCCUCUCUGGAGCCCAAGCUUUUUAAUUAUCUGGUGGGGUUAGGAGAGCAGAGAGAUUUGGGCAGAGUCCAAGGGCUGUUCAGGUAAUGCAGCUCAGGUCAGCCUUUGGAGACAAAGGAAGUGGGUGAGUGACUUUUGUUGUUUUCCUGUCAGAAGGAACAAGCUAUAGAUAUGUUCUUUGAGGAUGUUCUAAUUUGGGCGCUACCACUACCAAGCUCUGGAACCUUGGCCCAGCCAUUUGAGUUCUGGGAGGCUCAGUUUCCUCUUUAAAAGGAGGUUGGGGGCGGCUAGGUGGCCCAGUGGAUAAAGCACCGGCCCUGGAUUCAGGAGUACCUGAGUUCAAAUCCGGCCUCAGACACUUGACACUUACUAGCUGUGUGACCCUGGGCAAGUCACUUAACCCCCAUUGCCCGCAAAAAAAAAGGAGGUUGGAGUAGAUGAUCUCCAGGGUGUCUUCCAGUUCUAAAAUUCGGUGAUCUUCUCAUGGGCAUAGACUAUUGUAAACAGCAAAUAGGCCAGGCCUUUUUUUUUUAAUUGAAUAGAAUUUUAUUUUCCAAAAUACAUGUUAAAAACAAAUUUUGAAGCCAGGCCUAUUUUCUAAGUCACCUGUGGUAACUUUCAAUGGCAUAGGUUGAUUUAAAAAAGCAGAAAUGGUCAAUAUUCAAAGAAUCCAAUCACCAUAUCCAAUGAUUUCUGUUUCCCUUCAUCAGUAGUGUGCUGGUAAAUGUUUAACAACCAGAUCCCUGAAAGAAAAAAAAAAGCCUACCCACAUUUACUCUGCAUCAUUAAUAUUUUCUCCAUCAUUUUCUUAGGUCUAGGUACUCAACAAAACAAUAAGUCAGGCCUUGAUUUGUAGCUUUUUUCUGGUUUCCCAGCUGUUAAGUGCUCCUGUGCCCCAAAUUUAACAAUGAACUGGUUAGAGCUGACUCCAGCAUACCCCUUCUCAUAAUGAAGUUGCAGAGAUAAUCAUGCUUCUUUGGAGGCUGUGAUGCCUUCAGAGAUGAAACUCCCAAUGCUGGUUUCAAAAUUAUAAUAUAAAUUAUUUCGUUCUUCUAAAUAUAUUUUAGACACUGCCGCAUAGAGAGCUCGGGCCAAUUAACUAAUUUUGCGUACAGGGUUGCAAGAAGCUGGGGUGUCUGUCGACUCUAGAUUUCACUCCAGAUCCAAUUGGUGAAGCGCUUUCUCUCAUGUUCACUGAAUACUUAUGGGAAAAUGAGAAAGAAUUCAACUAUGGGAAUUCACGUUAAGAUCCCAGCUUUAUAAUAUGGAAAACCAGUAGGGGGCGCUGCAACGUCAUUGUAAUAUGUAAUCUGGGUUACUUGUAAACGCAAUUUAAAAUGAUGAGAAGUGCCUUUCAUUCUUUUUCAUUGUGUUCUAUCUAGGUAUUUAACUUGGAUUAAAUUUAUAAUACAAGAACAAACAACCCUCCUAACCUUCCCUUCCCCCUCAACCAACACAACGCUAUUGUUGACUGAGCAGGAAGAGCCUGGUAGAGUAGAGAAAUCACUUUUCUCGACAAAAAUAGAUUUGAUUUCUCAUCUGAGAGCCAUCCUUUAGAGAGAGGAUUCCUUAGGUUAAAAAGUUAAGUUUGCAGGAAGAUUGUAAGGUUGGGAUGAAAAGCUGUAAGGGUGGGGAGAGUCUGAUGUUGGAAUGUGAGUGAGAGCAAGUGAAGACGUGAUUGUGAAACUGUAGCAAAAAAGGAGAAGUUUGUAUUCUUUGUAAGUUAUUCACUGGGGAAUCAGCAGGGUUCCCUCUGGUCUUUCCUUUCCUACCCAGUCUGAUUCUCUGGAAGGGUACAAGAAGGCAGCAUAUGGCUAUAGGACACUUGUGGAGGAGGCUUCCCUUUGGGAAAAUGUGCAAUGAAUGACAAAUAACGUUCCUGUGGGAGCCUGCACUGCCUCUUCCUUCAGUCCUUCCACGGCCUCUUAGAACCCAUUCAUUCCUAAAUGCCUCUGGAAGGCCCAAUUUCUUUGUCUUGCAUUCAUUCAAAAGUGGUUUCCCCUCAGUCUGCUGGUGAAAUGAUGACUUCAAAGGAUUGAGUUGACCUGCUAAAAACGUGUAUGAGAGUGGCUGAGAGUCAUUUAUUUGUAUCUUAAGGGAGAUGCAAGCCAGCAUUGUGGAAGAUGGAAUCCACCUUUGUGAUUGUUUAUGCUUUUGAAGAUUUUAAGGGGAAAGCAAGUUGGGCAAUCUUCCCAUACUCCAAUCUUAGGAAACCCAGAAGGUUGCUUCACAAAAACUGUGGUCUGUUGCCUGUGGUCUUCCUCUUCUCCCCUGUCCGCUUGUUACUUUUUCAUUUAACAAUAAAUUAUCUGAAAUUGAGCUCCAGGCAUGCCUCUUUUCUUUCUUUUUUUUUAAAUGGGACUAUUUCGUUAUGGAAAUUUAGGAGACACUGAAAAUGCUGCUUGCCCAUUCUGAGAGGAAAGGCUUCUAUUCUAUUUGGGGGACCCCAUUGCUUCAGAGGGAGUGUGCUCACUGACAACCCAGUAAGUGCUGACCAAGGGGUAAGAAGGAACUAAAGGAAUGGCUUGGUAUUCAGAGGACCUAGGUUCAAAUCCUGCUUUUUUAAUGCUUACUACCUAUAUAAUUUGGGGUCAGGAUGUCUGGGUUCUAGUGAUAGCUGUCACUUCUCUUCCCCAGGCUUCAGUUUGCCCCUCUGUAAAAUAAGAGGAUUGGACUGCAUGGCCUCUGAGGUCCAUCCCUGCUCUAAAGCUAUGAUCCUAUGGUCUGAAGCCAUUUGCCUUCAACACUGAGAACCAUUUAGAACCAGAGAAUUAGGAUCUGGAUUAACCAGUCCUCUCGCUUUGUGUUACAAAGGGAGAAACUGAGUCCCAGAGAGGGGAAGUAGCAGCGCUAGUGCUAGGAUCCAGAUCUGCAGAUGCCUAGCUCAGCGUCCUACCACAUCACGCUACCGUUUAUAGCCACCAGUUGGAUGAAUUUUGGGUUGUUGUUGUCUAUGUUAAACCU